AUGGCAAAUACGAACUCAAAUAUAUUUAUUGAAAUGGCUAAAUCAUCACAAACACGAUUAGGUCGAACAGAUUUUAUUUAUCCAUUAAAUUGUGGUUUUAAAGUAUUUGGAUUCAAUACAAAUACAAAUGAAUAUGUCGUAUCAUAUGAACGUAGAAUUACCGUACAAGCAGCAGGUGCACUUAAUGAUGGACUUAAGCUUCAUCUAAGUGAAUUACCUCGACGACAACGGCCUUAUCGUCUUGAAGCAACAGCUACAGAUGGUAAAAACGUGUUAUUUAAAUCAAUCACAUCCAUUACGCUUAAUUUGAAUGGAACAGUUCGUGCAAUCAAUGAACGUCAUUUAAAUACAAUUCUAUUAGAGAUUGAUAAUAAACAAUGA